AUGGAACACCCUAAGGCGGAGAUUCCGCCGGGAAAACCUGCAACACAGGUCGAUGCGUUGGGAAGGAAGGUCUGGGAUAAGUCAUACUACGCUAAAGUAGCCGAAAACAAAGCAGGAGGGCAAAGCGGUAGUGUCGAACAAUCUAUAGCAACUUUACUACCAGAUCCUCUACGCAAACCUGUCUUUGCAGUACCGGAGGUGCGCGAAAAUCUCAAAAGGAGGAAAGAAACUGUAGACGUCACCAAAGAUGUCGGGAAAGUAAGAGUAAUCAAUGCCCUGACCCAUAAAUCGCAACAAGGAGGCUUUUACUGCAAGGUUUGUGACUGUCUGCUCAAGGAUUCACAAGCGUAUAUGGACCAUCUCAAUGGGCGUAAACAUAAUAGAAUGUUGGGGAUGACCAUGCGCGUUGAAAAGGUUGACGCAAAAACUGUAGCAGAAGCUCUGCGCAGACGUGUAAUGCAACAAAGUGUAUCAAAACAUGCCGUUGAGGAGCUGCAUAGGGACGCACAAGAGCGUAUUAAAGAACUAGAAGCGGAAGAACGUGAAAUGAAACAAAGGCGGAAAAUGAACAAAAAGGGGAAGCAAGAUACCAAAUCUGGCAAAAUAAAGAAGGAAGAGGUACAAGAAGCUACAAAUGAUCGCCAACCAGACGCAACCGAAGAAUUAAUGCGCAGCAUGGGACUACCCACGAACUUCGUACAGUCAACAAAGUAG